AUGCGACAAACUUCUCUCUUGCAACGAGUGCGGAAAUACCGAGAUUCUCUGCUCGUCCAGAUACCCAGUCUCCGAUCUCUAAUUGAAGCUGAACCACAAUCUGAAUCCUCAAAGCCAGAGAUGAUGAAUCUCUUCCUCCCUAGCUCCCUUGACAAACAAUCUCGCACUCUCAUUCUGACGGAACUCAUUCAAUUAGAAGAUCAACUUCGCUUUGCACAAGCAUAUGAAUCACUCAGUCAACUUCGAGCUCAGCUACAUUCCCAUUCUGUUGUUUACAAGAAUAUGUCCCGUUUACAGCCUUCACAAGGCAUGUAUACGAAAAUGAAUGCACUCCAGGACAAAAUUGAUGCACAAAUUGCAGCAAUAGCAGCUACCUAUCGUGCGGCUCGUUCGGCCCUAUUGCAAACACACGAACAUGGAGAGUGGAUGAACUCCCUGAAGGAGCUGCAAGACAAGGAUAUUCGAGGGAUCAGUGAAUGA